UAAAGGUGCCCAAGUGCAUGACAUAAAAGAAGGGAGAACUAGCCAGCUGUCUCAUGGUAUUUUGACUGUUCCCCCAAUGGCAGAUGUUUGGAAAGAAGGCCAUGUUGGAUUUCAGGAUGCCUGAUCUUUGUUCCCAUGAUAUUAUCUACAAUAAGUUGCCUCAAAGAGAUGCCAAAGAGCUGGGAUUAGAGAUUCAAAGCACAAAGAAAUCGGAAGCGUUCGUCAAUGCCUUUCUUAAACGCUGCAUCCCCUCUUUGAAGACAUUGAACGCAGAGGAGUUUUUAAGCAGGAGGGCGGUGGUGCUGGAGCAUUACCAAAAGAAGAGGAAACGGAAGUCACACAAGGCAAAGGGCUUCACAGCCAAGGAGCGCAGGGAGCUGAGGCUCUUCAAGAUUAACCCAGAUCAGCAAAGGUAUAACAUGUACCUCCCAUUGCAUGAGCUCUGGAAACAAUAUAUUAGAGACUUGUGCCAUGGACUACGACCAGACAUGCAACCACAGAUGAUCCAGAAUAAGCUCCUGAAGGCGGAUCUGCAUGGAGCAAUGAUUACAGUAUUUAAAUCAAAAUGUCCAUCGUAUGUAGGACUUACAGGAAUCCUCCUACAAGAAUCGAAACACAUCUUUAAAAUAAUCACUAAAGAGGAUAAAUUAAAAGUUGUUCCCAAGUUGAACUGCGUCUUCAGCAUGGAAAUUGACGGAUUUAUUUCAUACAUCUACGGGAGUAAGCUUCAGAUGAAAGCCAGUGAGCGAUCAGCCAAAAAAUUCAAAGCAAAAGGAAGUAUAGACUUGUAACUGUGUCAUAAAGGCAAAACUGAGUAGAUUUGAGUUAUUUCAGACGUUAUUUUCAAUUUGAUUUGACUUUACAAUUUUUUUUUUUUACUUAUUUUUUUUUUCUUUUUGUAUUUUAUUUUUUCAAAUUUUAUUUUUUUCAUAUGAAGAUAUGUGGAAAGCCUCAGAUAACCAGAUAAAAAUCACCAAGUCGUACGGGAGUGAUAUCGUAUAUAUUGCGGCUUUUGGAUGCGUUUCAAGAGCUGCUGGAAUUGAGUAAUGAUGGAACUCUCAUAUAACUAAUAACUCCCACGAAAGUAAAACAUUUUUAUUUCCUGGAGAUGACACAUAAUAUCCUGUACCAUUAAACUGCUGCCUUUCUUUACGAUGUCCUAAAAUGUUUGGAAUGUAAGAAUUUUCAGUGUUCUAAUAAGACGGCAAAGAGUGAAAAUUUAAGGGGCUGAAGCUCUGCUGCCUCUUCUAAUGAGAGGAACAAGGAGGGGGUGGUUCUGAGGAAGCAAUUAACAACGGCGGAGAUUUAGUGCCACAAACUAUUGAAAGGAUUUUUUUUUUUUUUUUUGGGCUUCAGCUUUGAUAGCAAAUUGUGCUCUAGUAUGUGUAUAUGUUUACAAAAAAUAAAUAAAUUAA